AUGGGCAUUAAAGGCAUCUAUGCUGAAAUUGGGCCAGGGGAGAGGGUAGCUCUGUCAAAGCUAGCAGUAGAAGCUUAUGAGAAGAAUGGUCGUCCAUUGAGGGUGGCAAUUGACAUCUCAAUUUGGCAAUUCCAGAUCCAAGCUGGACAAGGGGGCAGCAAUCCAGCCAUAAGAACUCUUUACUAUCGGCUGCUCAGAUUGUUGGGAUUGCAAGUUCAGCCCCUCUUCAUAUUUGAUGGCCCUCAUAAGCCGCCUUUCAAACGUGGAAAGAAGACUGGCCAUGGUGGUGCAAUGGUCCCAAACCUUCUGACCAAACAACUGCUCAAACUUUUUGGGUUCCCAUUCUAUUCAGCUCCCGGUGAAGCUGAAGCGGAGUGUGCUCUUUUACAGCGAGAGGGAAUCGUUGAUGCCGUGCUCAGUGAAGAUGUCGACACUAUUAUGUUCGGAUGUGGCCUGACCUUAAAAAAUUGGUCAUCAGAAAAUGUACGAGGAAACAAGACACCCACUCACGUUUCGGCUUAUUACGCCGAACAGACGAAGCAGGGGAAAUCUGGACUCGACCGUGAAGGUAUGAUAUUGGUUGCUCUCAUGAGUGGCGGUGACUACAUCACCGAAGGGAUUCCUGGAUGCGGUCCCAAAGUUGCAUGUGAAGCUGCUAGAGCCGGGUUUGGUAAAUCGCUUUGCGGGUUAACACGAGGAGAUGCUGCUGGACUUGAAUUAUGGAGGAACAAUUUGGCUCACGAGAUACAGACAAAUGAGAAUAAUUUCUUCAGAAUCAAACACAAAGCACUCAAAAUUCCCGAAGACUUUCCCAACAGAGAAGUCUUGAGCUACUAUACCCAUCCAGUCGUUUCUUCGGCAAGCAAAAUUACCAAGCUCAAAACAGAAAUCGAAUGGGAUCAGGAGGUUGAUGUUCCCGGCCUGCGACUGUUUGUGGCAGAGGCAUUCGACUGGACCAGUAUUGUUGGAGCCAAGAAAUUCAUACGGACAAUUGCACCUGUAUUGUUGGUACAUAAGCUGCGUGUACGAGCAAGUCGUAGAGCGUCCGGUUUCGGAGAUGUUAUACUGACGGCCAUGAACGAAAUGGAAUUGGUACGAGCGAUUUGUGGGAAAAGAACUCACAUAAGUUCAGAUGGUAUUCCAGAGCUUCGAGUGGUCUACCAUCCACUUGACAUUGUUGGGCUUGACCUCGACGCUGAACCAGAUGAUACUGAAGACUAUGGAAGAGACGGAUUGGCACCUAUUGGCGAUGGUGACCAAGAAGCAUUUCAGUCGGACGACAAUGAGGAAAGUGCGCCGAUAAACAGGAGAGCAGGAUCUCAGUACGAUCCGAAUGUACCAGACAAGCUGUGGAUUCCAGAAACGAUGGCGAAGAUUGGAGUGCCAUUAGUUGUUGAAGACUGGGAAAGCUCGCAAAGGGACCCACGAGAGUUUUUGAAGCAAAAAGCGGCCGCUAAAAGAGCAGCAGCAAAGAAAACCAAAGCGCCUAAAGUUACGAGAGAGGUUGUCCAGAAAGGAGCUAUGGAUAGAUUCGUUAAAGUCACCAAACACAACAACUCUCUUAUGGAGAAGGAUGCACCCAGCAUUGACGUAGUAAACUUACCUCCUACGUUUCUUGCACCUUCACUUGACGACUUUGCAGGCUCGCAAUCUGUUUUACAUAGGUCCAGUUCCAAGGGUAGAACAAAUGCAGCAUUCGCGUCAACUACCACCAAAUCAAAACCACCUUCAAAGGCCAGAACCCGAUCAGGCAAAAACAAGCCGCUACCAAAUGCAAAUCCAUGGUCCCUAUCUAGCGGCAUGUGUCACUCAGCAGCCAGCAACGCCACCAUUACCAAAGCUCUCACCACCCAAGAUAAACUCCAAUCACCUCCUCCAACAUUAUUCCGCAGACAUUCCCUCUCCAUCGACUUAACAUCAAGUCCACUAUCUACUCCUCCCUCUAGCUCUCUACUCGAAAACGCAGGAACGGGCACCGCUCGAAAACAUCUUCAUUCUCCUACGAUUUCCGAUGACGAGCUACCAGCACCACAAGAUAUACAUAAACCCAGUCCACGAAAAAGAAUCUCGACGCCUUCUACGCGGAAAGAGAGUCUAGAACAUUCUCCCGAACUUCCAAGUGUAGCUCGGCUUCUUGAUUUCGAUGGGCCUGAUGUUAUGGGGAGUCCUAAUAUCAAUACGCGGGCGCGAAGGAGGAAGGGAGUUGAGAAGAACAGCGAUAAUCAUCUUUCUGCGAUUGAUGGAGGCGGAAUAUCUACACCAAGAAAACCAACAAACCCAACAACUGAUAUAAUAAUCCUCACAUCCUCCCCCAUCUCACCUCCAGACGACCCGUUCUCCCUCCCUUCCUCACCACUCUCCUCACUACCACCAAUAUCACAAAUGCUUCCACCACCCUCACCUUCAGAGCCCUUAACGCAAACCACCAAACCAUCGACUUCGAAACCAAAACCCAAAGCGAAGAAAUUCAUUGUACUUAGGGAGUCACUUCCGGGGGGUUGGAAGGAGGUUGAUGAGGAGGAGUUGGAGUUGGAGGAGAAUAGGCGGAAUGGGAGGGGUAAACGGGCUGGGGCGGGAAGGCAGAGGUGGAGGGUGAGUGAAGUUGAGGUUUUGGAUUUAGUUGAUUUGUGA